AUGGCCCCCGCGUCCCUCGAGGUGGGCUUGCAUGUGCCCGCGCCCUCUCGCACGCACCCGUGUCCCUCAACGGGCUCACCCGCCCGCGUCCUCUCACACGCACCCGUGUCCCUCGAGCGGGCUCGCACGCGCCCGCGUCCUCUCACACGCACCCGUGUCCCUCAAGCGGGCUCGCACGCGCCCGCGUCCUCUCACACGCACCCGCGUCCCUUAAGCGGGCUCACCCGCCCGCGUCCUCUCACACACACCCGCGUCCCUCAAGCGGGCUCGCACGCGCCCGCGUCCUCACACGCAUCCGUGUCCCUCGAGUGGGCUCACAGGCGCCCACGUCCUCUCACACGCACCCGUGUCCCUCAAGCGGGCUCUCACGUGCCCGCGUCCUCUCACACGCACCCGUGUCCCUUAAGCGGGCUCACCUGCCCGCGUCCUCUCACACACACCCGCGUCCCUCAAGCGGGCUCGCACGCGCCCACGUCCUCUCACACGCACCCGUGUCCCUCGAGCGGGCUCGCACGCGCCCGCGUCCUCUCACACGCACCCGUGUCCCUCGAGCGGGCUCACACGUGCCCGCGUCCUCUCACACGCAUCCGUGUCCCUCGAGCGGGCUCACAGGCGCCCACGUCCUCUCACACGCACCCGUGUCCCUCAAGCGGGCUCGCACGCGCCCGCGUCCUCUCACACGCACCCGUGUCCCUCAAGCGGGCUCGCACGCGCCCGCGUCCUCUCACACGCAUCCGUGUCCCUCGAAGGGGCUCACACGCGCCCACGUCCUCUCACACGCACCCGUGUCCCUCAAGCGGGCUCACACGCGCCCACGUCCUCUCACACACAUCCGUGUCCCUCGAAGGGGCUCACACGCGCCCACGUCCUCUCACACGCACCCGCGUCCCUCAAGCGGGCUCACAUGCGCCCGCGUCCUCUCACACGCACCCAUGUCCCUCAGGCGGGCUCGCAUGGACAGAUGCAGGCGGGGUCUGCCUUCAGUCUGACGUUGAGGCAGAGCCUAGACACAAAAAAAGUGCAUGCUCUCACUGGUGACUUUCAUAGUGAUCCUGUGUAGAAGUGAUGCUGUUUUAGGUAUUUGGGUUAAAUAUAACAGUAGUAACAUUCGUUUCAUCUGUAUUUUUAAUUCGGCUGCUGGAAAAUGUGUGUCCCUGUUGGAUGGUGCCCUCUUGGGGAUGUGUGAACCUGACCACCUGCAGUGGGGUGGGGCUGGUGUGUGUAAUUGAAAAAAUGACUACAUACAUAAGUCAUUUUGAAUUCUGUUCCUUGGCUUGUUGGCCCAGGAGUCCCAUCACUGGGGACCUAGUUUAUACAGUUCCUGGAGCCCCCAAAACGGAGCUGCAGGGAGCACCCCUCCCCCCACAACAGGGCUGCAGAGGAACGUUUACCGAACUGUGGAGACCACAGCCCCACUUCAGUGGCGAAAACCCGGCCCAUCGUGUGUUAUCUGUCACGUACACGUAAAGAAAGGCCGGGAAAGUGCUUAGCCGUGUUCGCCAGUGUGAUCAGGUCCCAGCAGGGGAGGGACGUUCCUCGUUGCCACCCGGCUUUCUGAGUUUCCCACUGUGACAGAGCACGGACUGCCUGCUUCCAAAGCUGGCCGCAGCCUGAGGGUGGGCACCUCUCUAUGACCCCACCUGACUCCACCUCCCCCAGGUCCUCCCCCUUUUCCGUCUCUGUCGAUUCUCCACCUCCCCCCACAGCCGGGGCCUUGUUACUUGUCUCCUGCCAAGAGAAAGCCUCUGGACGUGCCAUGAAGUUAUCUUUAUGCCAAGUAGAGAGAUACCAACACAACGCUUGUGCUCAUCACUGGGGCUCAGACUUCGGAGCGUCUAUGAAGUGUGCAUCUUCUGUCUUUGCCGUGUCGAACUUCCAGACUUUGUUUCUCUGG